UGGUUCUUUCCUUUGACUCCGUUGGACAUACACUAGGCUCAGAAUAUGACAAACUGGGCUUUCUCCUGAACCUGGACUCAAAAUUGCCUCCAGAAUUGGCAUCAAAGUAUGCAAAUUUCUCUGAGGGAGUGUGCAAGCCAGGCUAUGCAUCAGCGCUCAUGACUGUCAUCUUCCCAAAGUUCUCGAAGCCGGCACCAAUGUUCUUGGAUGAUUCCUUCAGGAAAUGGGCACGUAUCAGGGACUUUGUACCCCCCUUUGGAAUUAAAGGACAAGAUAAUCUGAUCAAAGCCAUCCUGUCAGCAACCAAAGAUUACCGUCUAACUCCAGCUCUUGACAGUCUCAGCUGCCGGCGAUGUAUAAUUGUGGGAAAUGGUGGAGUACUUGCAAAUAAGUCAUUGGGGUUAAAAAUUGAUGACUAUGAUGUUGUUGUCAGGCUGAACUCGGCUCCAGUGAAGGGUUUUGAAAAAGAUGUGGGUGGCAAGACAACACUCCGGAUCACAUAUCCCGAAGGUGCAAUCCAGAAAAUGGAGCAGUAUGAGAAGGAUUCCCUGUUUGUUCUGGCAGGAUUCAAAUGGCAGGAUUUCAAGUGGCUGAAAUACAUUGUUUACAAGGAGAAAGUGAGUGCCUCUGAUGGCUUUUGGAAGUCAGUGGCAACCCGUGUCCCAAGAGAACCCCAUGAGAUACGUAUCCUGAAUCCCUACUUCAUCCAGGAGGCAGCUUUCAGCUUCAUUGGUCUGCCUUUCAACAAUGGCCUCAUGGGCAGAGGGAACAUCCCCACCUUGGGAAGCGUAGCAAUAACCAUGGCGCUCCACAACUGUGAUGAGGUCGCGGUAGCUGGGUUUGGCUAUGACAUGAGUUCACCCAAUGCACCGCUGCACUACUAUGAGAACAUCAAGAUGUCUGCCAUCAAAGAGUCCUGGACGCACAACAUCCAGCGGGAGAAGGAGUUCCUGAGGAAGCUGGUGAAAGCCAGAGUCAUCACUGACCUAACCAGUGGGAUUUGAGUGGCUGCAGCCACUGCCUCCAAGGGAGGAGAUGAAGACAUACGCUGCAGCUCUGGGAGCAGGCACUG